AUGGCUGCCACAAUCAUCAAGACUCUCUGCACGCUUGCUAUCUUCGCAUCUGCUGUUCAGGGCAAUACGAUUGCAAAACGUGAGGGGAUUGCCUCAUUAGCAAAGCGACAAGGAGCCUGUGAUUCUGGAGAAACCCUUUGCGGAACGGUGGGCCUGACCUCUUACUGCGCACCACAAGGGGCGAAGUGCUGUUCAAUUCUAUACAGCGCCCCAGAUGAUGCGACCUGCUGCGAUGCUGGCACCUACGCUCGCCCAGGCUACUACUGUUGUUCUGGCGGGGGGUCAUGUCCUGUUGGAGAGACAUGUCUGGCAUGCACGCCUGAGGAAGGCAACGCGCCCACCAGUGCUGUCGCGCCGUCACGAUCAAGCUCAGUGCCGCUCACGACGCCGCCUCCAGAUGUGACGUCGACGAUAACCCGCACAUCUUACACAUACUUCACCUUCACAAUCACCUACUACUACUACCAAUUCUACUGGAUCUACGUCCCAGCACUCACCCGUAGCACAUCUACCUCGAGUGAAGUCACCACCACAUACAUCACGAGCGUCUACGCCUCCAACAGCGCAGACGCUCAGUCAUCCAUUGAUGAUAUAACCUCUACGGCAUCGUUCCCCACCCCUGAAUCAGCGACUGAACUGCCACCACUCGAGACAUCGUCCGCUGACGACGAGACCUCGACUUCCAGUCGGAGGCCAUCCACCACUGCGCCUUUGGAGUCGGCCUCUUCUGCCGCGUCUGCUUCGGCCUCGAGCAGUAUUGCCGAGUUCACUGGCGGCGCUGGUGGCCAGGGAAGGGUUGGCGCGACUUUGUAUAGCUCGUUGGGGGCUUGGUUGGUGACGUUUGGAUUGGCUACCGGUGCACUUUGCAUCGUGUUGUAA